AUGCGGCCAGUACUCUGGCGCCAAACCUCUUUUGACCAUUCUAACAGGAUAGAAGAGAUCAAAACAAAUAAAGAUCUGGAGGUCAGAUACCUUCCAACAGACCUAAAUCCAGCUGACGUCGGCACCAGACCCACCUGCUCGAGAGAGGACAGGGAGAAAUGGCUGAGUGGUCCACAAUUUAUAGUUCAAGAUCCGAAGACGUGGCCAACAACUUCUGGCGGUGGACCAACCAGUUCUCUCUUGAUUGGGGAGGGUCUUGGGAUCCAAGAAGACGAAGAACUGAUGGAAAUAGUUGAUCCAGAUAUACACAACGUUAGUCCGAUGGAAACGGAGGACAGUAUAACUGAAAAGGAAGUAGCGAGUCAUGACAAUGAUCAAAUGCCAGAUAAGUUACUAAAAUUGAAAGAAAUUCAAGCUGAAUACUUUCCUCUAGAGGUAGAAGGAAAGGUAACUAGUUUAAGUUUGAAUUUAGGCAUAUUUAAAGACAUAGAUGAGUUACUGAGGUGUAAAGGUCGUAUGAAACACGCAGACUGGUCAUUUGAUAAACGCUACCCUAUACUUAUACCAAAAGAUUCAGAUUUCACCAACGAAAUUAUAAUGAAGACUCAUCAAGAAAAUAAGCAUGUUGGAGUAAGUCACACGUUAGACAAGAUAAGGGAAACUUACUGGAUACCUCAAGGAAGAAGCCAAGUUCAAAAGAUUUUGAGGAAGUGCUCCGAAUGUAUGAAGCAUGACGGAGGGCCAUAUAAACUACCAGAAACUCCUGCGUUACCGAAAGAGAGGGUCAAUUAUAGCUCACCAUUCACAUACGUUGGUACCGACUAUCUAGGACCACUUAUAGUUAACAAUGGGAAUGGCAAUUGUAAAAGGUGGAUUAGCCUCUACACAUGCUUAGCCGUAAGAGCCAUUCACUUAGAAGUUGUAAAGGACCUAACUGCGGAAGAAGGUUUAAUGGCCUUACGUAGAAUGAUUUCAGCAAGAGGUGUACCUACCUUAAUAACGUCUGAUAAUGCGACUCACUACAAGUUACUCUCAGAGAUUCUUCAGAACCCAUACUGCGUAGAGAAAGAGAUAAGAUGGAAAUUUAUACCACAGUUAGCUCCAUGGCAUGGAGGAUUCUAUGAGAGAUUAGUUGGUUUGGUUAAAAACUGUAUGAAGAAAACAUUACAGAAACAUUUGUUGAAUGACACCCAACUAGUAACAGCGGUGAAAGAAAUAGAAGCAGUUCUUAACACAAGACCCUUAACUUACGUAGAUUCAGAGCCGGAUCAUGUACUAAAACCUUCAGACUUUCUUACUAUGGGAAAGUGUAUCAUUAUGGAAACUUCAGAUAAGGAUCCUACAACGUCGCAAGGGACGGUGACUAAGGACAAUUUAAUUAAAGGUUGGAAGAAAGCACGGAUAAUUCUACGAGAAUUUAAAGAGAUGUUUGAAAACAGAUAUCUCCUAAAUUUGAGAGAAAGAUAUUCCCACCAUCCUAAAGAACCUAGAGUAACAUCAAAGUUAGCACCUAAGAUAGGUCAAAUCGUGCAGAUUAAAGGUGACACGAAGAACAGGAUAAAUUGGAAAGUCGGGAAAAUAGUAUCUUUAAAGGAAGGCGCCGACGGUUUAUGUAGGGUCGCUACGGUACGAGUAGGAGAUACAGAAUAUACAAGAUCUAUCGCACAUCUCUACCCGUUAGAGAUCGAAGAUGGAGAAGAACAGUGUAAACAAACAUCAUCUUAUGAAGAAAGUGUAGAAGAACCGGUGCAGCUUCCUGAUUUUCCACGUCCACUAGACAAGGAUGACGCGACGAUGGAAUCCCUCAAAGACGUUACUGAGCCUCCAUCUGAGCGAAUAUCCACUCAAGAAGUAAGUGAUCAACCAGAAGAAGUACAGCCUCAUGCCUCGCCAGAAGAGGAACCGUGUUCCUCUAAACAAACAUUUGAGUCUAUAUCUAGUGAGUCAAACGAGCCUAAGUCUAAGCCUAAGUCUAUGUCCGAACCAGAACCACUCGCGGUCGUCGACCUCGAGUUUUACGACCACACUGUUCCCGAGUCACACCACCUAGAGGAAGUUACGCCAGAAGAACAACACGACGAAGCAAGACCUAAGAGAGCGGCAGCUCUCAGAGCCCUUGAGAAGAUCAAGGAAUGGACCAGCAAUCUAGUCGCCGUGUUGCUGCCUGAGGCGGGGUGUGUCGUGACAAGCACGAAUAUCUAAUGUCACAAUACAAAUUUCCUAGCGGCAACACUGAACAGCGCCCUCUGAGUGGAACUGUGAUCUCGGGGUGAAACAACCAGCCACCAUAAGUAAAGCGAAGCAGACUGAGGCUCCUCUGGCCCAAGAGAAGUGGAUCAGAGAGAGCGAGGAUAAAGAAUCCUUCAUAGGAGAU